AUGCCAAAGAGGGGGGGUGGCAGUGCUGUUCAGAUUAUUCAGAGACACCACUUUGCUUCCCAUUUGAAAAGAAUGGCAGUUGUUGUUCGCAUUGAGGAGGAAUUUUUUGCUUUUGUGAAGGGUGCUCCAGAAACUAUUGAGCAUAGGCUCACUGAUAUACCAUCAUCAUAUGUGGAGACUUACAAGAAAUAUACACGACAAGGAUCACGGGUUCUGGCACUUGCUUUCAAGUCCCUUCCAGAUAUGACAGUUAGCGAAGCCAGAAGCUUGGAUAGGGAUCUAGUGGAGAAUGGCCUUACAUUUGCUGGUUUUGCGGUAUUCAACUGUCCUAUAAGACCAGAUUCAGCAGCUGUCCUAUCUGAACUGAAAGGAUCAUCUCAUGACUUGGUGAUGAUUACUGGGGACCAAGCUCUGACUGCUUGCCAUGUUGCUAGCCAAGUUCAUAUUGUAUCAAAACCAGCUUUGAUUCUUGGUCCAGCAACGAAUGGUCAAGGAUAUGAGUGGAUAUCACCAGAUGAGAAGGAAAGGAUCCAUUUCAGUGAGAAAGAGGUUGAAGCUUUAUCAGAGACGCAUGAUCUAUGUAUUGGAGGUGACUGCUUUGAAAUGUUACAACAGACAAAUGCUGUUCUACGGGUCAUUCCAUACGUGAAGGUUUUUGCAAGAGUUGCUCCUGAACAAAAAGAACUCAUCAUGACCACUUUUAAAACCGUGGGAAGGGGAACUUUGAUGUGUGGUGAUGGAACUAAUGAUGUUGGAGCUCUGAAGCAGGCUCAUGUGGGAGUUGCCCUGUUGAAUGCGGUGCCUCCUACUCAAACUGGAAACUCUUCUUCAGAAGCAUCUAAAGAUGAAAGUACCAAGUCUGGCAAAUCUAAGAAAUCAAAACUUGCAUCCGAAGCAGCGGGAAAAUCUUAUAGCCACGGUGGAGAAGGCUCUUCGAAAGGCAAAGUUGCUACAAGAUCUGAUUCUACCAACCAAUCUGCUGCUAAUCGCCACUUGACAGCUGCAGAGAUGCAACGCCAGAAGCUAAAGAAACUUAUGGAUGAGCUGAAUGAGGAAGGUGAUAGUCGUGCAGCACCCGUUGUCAAGCUUGGUGAUGCUUCCAUGGCAUCACCCUUCACAGCAAAGCAUGCAUCAGUUUCCCCAACCACUGACAUAAUUCGUCAAGGCCGCAGUACUCUAGUGACUACCCUCCAGAUGUUCAAAAUUCUUGGCCUUAACUGCCUUGCCACAGCAUAUGUGUUGAGUGUCAUGAAUUUGGAUGGAGUCAAACUUGGGGACAUCCAGGCUACAAUCAGUGGUGUAUUUACAGCAGCCUUCUUCCUAUUUAUUUCGCAUGCCCGACCACUCCCAACCCUUUCAGCUGCUCGUCCUCACCCUAAUGUCUUUUGCUCGUAUGUCUUGCUCUCUCUCUUAGGACAAUUUGCUAUCCAUCUGUUUUUCUUAAUCUCGUCGGUAAAAGAGGCAGAAAAAUACAUGCCUGACGAAUGCAUCGAGCCAGACUCAGAUUUUCAUCCCAACCUGGUGAAUACGGUUUCAUACAUGGUGAGCAUGAUGCUUCAGGUGGCCACCUUUGCUGUGAACUACAUGGGGCAUCCAUUUAACCAGAGCAUACCAGAAAACAAGCCAUUCUUGUAUGCCCUCUUGGCAGCUGUUGGGUUCUUCACGGUUAUAACUUCUGAUCUGUUGAGAGACUUGAAUGAUUCAUUGAAGUUGGUUCCAUUGCCGGUAGAAUUGAGAAAUAAGCUAAUAGUAUGGGCUUUCAUCAUGUUUAUUAGCUGUUACUCGUGGGAGAGGUUAUUGCGGUUGGCAUUCCCAGGGAGAAUCCCAGCAUGGAAGAAGCGUCAACGCACCGCCGCAGCUAAUUUAGCGAAGAAGAAACGAAUCUGAGAUGACUGAUGAAACGUGUCUGAGAUGACUGAUUCCUUUGUUGAAGCAGAAUGCAUUAUAUACAAACAUUUUGGCAAUGAUCAUACAUUUUGGCACUUAAGCAGCAGAGGCAGAGUUUUUACAAGGGAUAUAGGAAGAAUGGAGUUAGUAGCUCUCUUUAAAUUCUGAAAAAGAAAAUUUUCCCUUGCGUGAUUGAAGAUUUGAUUUUGAUUUCAAUCACUUUUACUUUUUGAGGUGGAUAAUUAAUAGGACGCUAGUCUUUAAACAAAACUUUGAUUUGAGGUGCUUCUAAUAUACUUCAUACUGGUGAAAUGUAAACUCACAGCCCACAAUUGGUGAUAUUAUCACAUUCCAAGAAUUUGUUAUGCAGGUUACAUUUUUGUAUUGUUUUUAUAUAUUCAAAGAGUUUUACUUGA